AUGACGGGUAAAGUUGGCAGAAUUGACACUUUCGAUGAGAGUAUAGAACGAUGGGAAGCCUAUAAAGAACGGCUAGACCAAUAUUUUAUUGCUAAUACAAUAAAAGAAGAAAAACAAGUCCCCGCUCUCCUCAGUCUGAUUGGCGGAAGGACAUACGGACUUCUGCGUGAUUUGACCGCGCCAGAUUUACCGGCAACCAAAACAUACCCAGUUUUGACGAAAAUUUUGCAAGACCAUUACUCGCCGAAACCGCUUGUAAUAGCUGAACGUUACCGGUUUCACAAACGGGAUCAACGUGAGGGAGAGUCAAUUAGGGAUUAUAAUGCAGCCCUUAGGAAACUGAGCGAGAAUUGUACAUUCGGAGACACACUCAAUGAUACAUUGAGAGACAGAUUAGUUUGUGGGUUGAAGGCAGAACAUAUACAGAAAAAGUUAUUAACCGAAUCUGAUUUAACUUACCAGAAGGCACUAGAGGUCGCUAUAGCCUUUGAAACAGCCACGAAGGAUGCGGUAGAGCUACAGAGACAACACGUGAAGACUCCAGUACAUAAGAUACGGAAAGAGAAAGUACAACAGCAAACUACCAAGAAACCUUCAUUUCCCAACAAGCAUGACAAGAAUAAGGUUUGUUAUCGUUGUAAAGGCACACACCACCCCAACGAUUGCCAUUUCAAAGACGCCAUUUGUCAUAAGUGCAAUAAAAAGGGACAUAUAAAGAAAGCGUGCUUGUCUGGUAAACCAUGGAAGAAGGGUGCUCCAGUACACAGAGUUCAAGAUGACAGUGGGUCUGAACCAGAGAUGAUCAGCUCACUAGAGAUAUUUGACAUUUCGAGCCGUUCAGGAGAAUCUGGCGGUUCUGAUGCCAUUUGGUUACACCCUAUGGUUGAUGAUGUUGAAUUGGCCAUGGAGUUGGACACUGGGUCAGCUGUGUCAAUUAUAAGUCAAUCAACAUUUGACCGGUACUUCUCUAAGAGAAAGAGUGAUAUUAGAGAAACAAAAGUGACACUUAAAACAUAUUCUGGAGAAAAACUGAGCCCACUUGGUGUUUUUGAAGUACAAGUUGGACUAAACAGUCAACAUAAACGUCUGGAAUUGUUCGUGGUGAAACAUGGAGGACCUCCCUUGUUUGGGAGAGACUGGCUACGCAGUAUAAAACUGAACUGGCAUGAAAUUAAGACAGUUACGGUUACAGGUGGUUCGAAACAAACACUUAGUGUAGCUCAACAGCUUGAGAAAUAUCCAGAAGUGUUCAAGGAUGAGCUUGGUACCCUGAAGGACAUUACUGCCAGAAUAAAGGUAAAGGAAGGUGCUAACCCAAAAUUCUGUAAAGCGCGUACUGUUCCUUUCGCCUUGAAGGAAAAAGUUGACGCGGAGCUCAACCGACUGGUCGAAGCGGGCAUUUUGACCAAAGUUGAACAUUCAGAAUGGGCCACACCCAUAGUUCCUAUUCCAAAGCGGGACGGCAGCGUACGCAUAUGCGGUGAUUUCAAGGUCACGGUUAACCAAGUUCUUGACGUCGACCAGUAUCCCUUACCAAGGAUCGAUGACAUCUUCGCCACACUUGCUGGAGGUCAACAUUUCACGAAGAUAGAUCUAAAAAAUGCCUAUCUACAAAUGGUUGUACGCGAAGAGGACCAACCUUACCUGACAAUCAACACACACCGUGGCUUAUUUCGGUAUAACCGACUAGUAUUCGGUAUAUCAUCUGCUCCAGCAAUAUGGCAAAGGUCCAUUGAUCAAGUUUUACAAGGCGUGCCACGCGUACAAUGCAUUCUCGACGACAUGAUCGUUACAGGCACGACUGAUGAGGAACAUCUGGAAAAUCUUGAAACUGUACUUCAGCGGUUGGACCGUUACGGGUUACGUGUAAAUAAGGACAAAUGCGAGUUCUUCAAAGACUCCAUUGAAUUUUGUGGACACACCAUUGACAAAGAUGGCCUGCACAAGACUCCUAGUAAGGUGGAAACUGUGGUAAAAGCACCCUGCCCAGAAAAUGUAAGUCAACUCAAGUCUUUCCUUGGACUUGUGAACUAUUAUGCUAAGUUCAUUCAGAACUUGUCAUCGAUUGUAAACCCUCUCAACCAGCUACUAGAGGCCGACCGGAAGUGGGUAUGGUCUAAGGAGUGUGACGCAGCAUUCCGACGUGUGAAGGAAGUCGUGGCAUCUGAGCAAGUACUGACUCAUUUUGACCCUUCGAAAAAGGUACAGCUAGCGACAGACGCAUCUCCCUAUGGUUUGGGCGCUGUGCUAUCGCACAUGAUGGAGGAUGGAUCUGAAAGGCCAAUAGCCUUUGCGUCGCGUUCUCUCUCAAAAUCGGAACGCAAUUAUUCUCAAAUAGACAAAGAGGCACUUGGGAUAGUUUGGGGAGUAAAGAAAUUCUACCAGUAUCUGUAUGGGCGUCUGUUCAUUUUACUGACGGAUCAUCAGCCGUUGACGUCUAUAUUUCACCCAGAGAAGGGGAUCCCAAUGACAACUGCAGCUAGACUUCAACGCUAUGCCCUAUUUUUGGCAGGAUUCCAAUAUGACAUCAAGUACAAGAGUACAACAAGACAUGCAAAUGCAGAUUGUUUGUCGCGAUUACCCUUGGUCUCUAAGAAGGAGACAGAAGGAGACACUGUCGAGACGUUCAUAGUGUCUCAUAUGGACACUCUCCCGGUAACUAGCAAGGAAAUCUCACGAGAAACUUUAAAAGACCCAACCCUGUCAAAAGUGUACACCACUGUACAGCGAGGGUGGAUCGAGGGUGAAGAUAAAUGCUUAGGCAUAUUCUACAACAAGCGUCUGGAAAUAAGCAUUCAUCAGAACUGUCUGUUUUGGGGUAUACGUGUUAUUGUCCCCAGUGCACUCAGGCAAAGAGUGCUAGACGAGUUACAUGAAGGACAUGUCGGCGUGGUAAAGAUGAAAGGCUUAGCAAGAAGCUAUGUCUGGUGGCCGGGCAUUGACACAGACAUUGAACACGUUUGUAAAUCUUGUACAGGAUGCCAGGAGGUCAAGCAUGCGCCACCCGCCGCACCUAUUCACCCAUGGGAAUGGCCGUCCAUUCCCUGGCAGCGUAUUCAUAUAGAUUUUGCAGGCCCAUUCCUCGACAUGAUGUUUUUUGUGGCAGUCGAUGCCCAUUCAAAAUGGCCUGAAGUGGUUCCGAUGAAAACGACUACAGCAGAGAAAACUGUGGAGGUGAUGCGAGAGAUAUUCAGCAGAAACGGAGUCCCAGCUCAGGUAGUGAGCGAUAAUGGCCCCCAGUUCGUAUCGGAACAUUUUUCCAAUUUCAUGAGGUGUAAUGGAAUUAAACACACAACAUCAGCUCCAUAUCAUCCAAGCACUAACGGUCUCGCGGAGCGUUUUGUCCAGUCUUUCAAAGGUGCAAUGAAAGCAAGCAAGAAGGACUCUGGUUCAGUACAGAAAGGGCUGGCCAACUUGCUAUUGGCAUAUAGAAACAGUAAACAUAUGACCACGAAUGAGACCCCAGCAAAGCUCUUCAUUGGACGUAACUUACCGUCGCGGCUUGAUUUGAUCAAACCGGAUAUAAGACGACGCGUUGAUGAACACCGCUGGAAACAAGAAUCCAAGCGACAGGUUCCUUGUAGAUCAUUCUCUGUUGGAGAGCCGGUAUCUAUACGUGACUAUCGUGGUUCACAGAAAUGGAUUUAUGGCAAAGUUGCAGAGAAGACGGGCCCGGUCUCGUACAAAGUUGAAAUUGCACCAGGUGUAUUUUGGCGUAGACAUUUGGACCAGCUUCGUGCUACAGAGGUGGUCGAGAAACCAUCAGAAGUCAACUUACCUGUUAAAGGAGAUGUUACACCCAACUCUCCAACAGUCUUACUGGAAAAUACAGUCAGUAACAAGUCAAGAGUCAUCGACAACAGUGUGUCGUCAGUACCAUCAACAAUGUGUCAAGAGUCGUCAAGUGAAGUCAGUUCACCGUCUCCUGUCAUUGAGCCUUGUCCGACGCCAGAGAAUAUGUUGACGCCGAAGCGGCGUUAUCCACGUCGCAACAUCGUUCCACCAAAGAAGCUUCAAGACUUUGUUACGACCUAG